CGCCCUGCCCCGGCCGAGGAUGAGCAGCAGCCAGUUCAACAAGGGCCCCAGCUACGGCUUGUCGGCCGAAGUCCGCAACCGGCUUGCCCAGAAGUACGACCCUCAGAAGGAGUCGGAGCUACGGGAAUGGAUCGAAGGCAUCACCGGCAGGGAAAUUGGGCCCGACUUCCAGAAGGGCUUGAAGGACGGCGUCAUCCUCUGCGAGCUAAUAAAUCUGCUGCAGCCGGGUUCCAUAAAGAAAAUUAACCAUUCGGCGCUCAACUGGCACCAGCUGGAGAACCUGUCCAACUUCAUCAAGGCCCUGAUCAGCUACGGCUUCAAGCCGGUCGACCUCUUUGAAGCCAAUGAUCUCUACGAGAGCGGGAACAUGACACAAGUCCAGGUGUCGCUGCUGGCUCUGGCGGGCAUGGCCAAGACGAAGGGGAUCGACAGCGGUCUGGACAUCGGGGUGAAAUAUUCGGAGAAACAGCAGAGGAGCUUUGACGAUGCGAAGCUGAAAGCCGGCCAGUGCGUCAUUGGUCUGCAGAUGGGCACUAAUAAAUGUGCCAGUCAAUCGGGGAUGACAGCCUACGGCACCAGGCGGCACCUGUACGACCCCAAGAACCAGAUCCUCCCGCCAAUGGACCACUCCACGAUUAGUCUGCAGAUGGGCACUAACAAGUGUGCCAGUCAGGUGGGCAUGACGGCUCCAGGCACCCGGCGGCACAUCUAUGAUGCCAAGACGGGCACGGAUAAAUGCGACGACAGCUCCAUGUCUCUCCAGAUGGGCUAUACCCAGGGGGCCAACCAAAGCGGGCAGGUUUUUGGCAUGAGCCGCCAAAUCUAUGACCCCAAGUACUGCCCCCUGGGCAAUCCCGGCGAGGUAGCCAACGACAACCAGGACAGGAACUCGCCUGAAUAUUACUGUUAUCGGGAACAGGAAGAUUAGAGAGCCUGCAAAGUUGGGUUUUCCUCCUUCCCAUAACCUGUCCUGU